AUGGUAAACGUCUUCCAACGCCUCACCAGACGCCGAGCCCAGAGCUCCGGCAGUUAUCAAGCAGAGACCACAGGACCCAAUUCCGCUGAUUCUCAUCCACAUGGACUGCAGCGAGUGGUCAGUACGAGUUCCGGCAAACGCAACCGGUGCUUUGAUGAGCCAUCGCGGCGAUAUCUCUUCAUCGUCUCUGAUACGUCUGAAUUCGAUUCGCAUACCAUUCAGCGCUUUCAGGCUGAGGGGUUUGUGGUGACUUAUAUUCCUUUUACAGGCCGUGGAGAUGCAGAAAAGGACCGCAAAGCUCUCGAGAAGGUCGUACAUCUGGAGGAAGAUGAGCUCGAGACCGGCGAGCGGUUUGCGAUAAUUGCAUACCACCGACCGGCCUAUCUCCUGCUAUCUUCGCAUCAUCAGAUUACGAGCAAUACAAAUCCUUUCCCACGCCUAUGUGCUCUGAUAGCAUACUAUCCCCUGCCCUCCUCAGACCAAUACACCUACAGAAGCAAAGAAAAUUGCGAGCAGCCGGCAUGCUCAAAUGAAUCGACUAUAUUUGCAUCUGAUUCGAAGAGUACCUUCCUUCCUAUCCAGAUUCACAUGCCUGGUCCACGCCUCCAGCCCUGUGCCCUGUGGCCGUGGAUUCAACUCAGUGCAUCUGAAGGCGAUGUUACACAUAAAAAACGGCAUAGAUGCCACGUCUACUCGUAUCCGGGGUGUACGGCAGGAUUUGCAGAAAAGGAGAUGGGGACUGAGAGGUUUGGGGAGGGGGAUGAGGAUAUGGAUAUAACUUACGAGGAUGAGGUUGGGUCACAGUUGGCUUGGAGUCGAGCUUUGGGAUGUCUGAAGAGGUCUUUUGGAAUUGGAAGCCAUUGGGCUGUUGUUGAUAUUGAGACUGUUUGGGAGGAGUAUUGGGAUCGAAUUUGUGCUGAGGUUGAUGAGCGGCGACUAGGGGAUCGGCGCGUUGUAAACCCGCCUGUUGAGUUGCUUGCUGCUAGUCAUGCUGGCGACGCUGACUAUUCUGAGGGGAUAUCGGCUGUUACUUGUCUUCCUACCUCUGCCGGUGCUUCGGAUAUUUCGAGUUUGAGGUCUUUCUUUUCUCAGACUUUCAUUCCUAAUGGACCCAAGGAUCAGAAGAUUCGUCUUCUAACGAGGACGGUGGGGUCUGAUCGGAUUGUUGAUGAGAUUCAGUUUUCUUGUCGGCAUACUGCGGAGAUACCCUGGUUGUUACCUUGUAUUGCGCCUACAGGUCGAGAUAUCCAGGUUAUUAUCAUUGUGGUGGCAAGUUUCUGUGCAGGGCAGAUUACACGCCAGAGUUUGUAUUGGGAUCAAGCAAGCGUGCUCGUGCAAGCUGGCAUGUUGGAUCCAGGACUUCUGCCGCGGGCAAUGCAGCCUGUUCCUGUUUGA